AUGGGGGCUUAUGAUGAAAAGAAAGAAAAAUGUGGCACAAUCUGUCUAAAGUACUUGCUCUUCACCUUCAAUUUCCUUUUUUGGCUGGCCGGGGGUGCGGUGAUGGCAGUAGGGAUAUGGACAGUGGCAGAGAAGAGUGACUACAUCAGCCUGCUCUCAUCCAGGAUCUAUGCUGUCUCGGCCUACAUUCUCAUUGUGGCAGGGAUCAUUGUCAUGAUUACAGGCGUCCUGGGAUGCUGUGCGACCUUCAAAGAACAGAAAGGGCUCCUGAGGAUGUAUUUUGUUUUGUUGCUGUUCAUCUUCCUGCUGGAAGUCCUUGCUGGAGUUUUGGCAUAUGUCUACUACCAACAGUUGAAUGCAGAGUUAAAGGAGAACCUGAGAGAGACCAUGGUCCAGAAGUACCAACAAAAAAAUGAAGAGCACAUCACUAAAGCUGUGGAUAAACUACAGCAGGAGUUCAAAUGCUGUGGCAGCAACAGUUCCUCAGACUGGAGUUCCAGUGCGUGGGUCCGCUCUGGUGAGGCAAAUGGGCGAUUGGUGCCUGACAGUUGCUGCAAAACCAUGACCGUAGAGUGCGGGAAGAGAGACCAUCCCUCAAAUAUUUAUAAGGUCGAGGGCGGAUGUAUAACAAAGCUGGAGAACUUUAUCCUGGACCACCUAAAGAUCAUAGGUGCUGUUGGAGUUGGCAUCGCAUGUGUACAAAUAAUAGGUAUGAUAUUCACAUGCUGUCUGUACCGAAGUUUGAAGGCAGAGCCAUACUGAGGGUGAUGAGGUACAGCAUGUAGAGAGAUAUUUCACUGAGCAGCAUUUCACAUUAAAUAAUGUUAGCAUUUUAUUGACUACUAUGCCUUAUAGUUGGAGGUAAGGAAGAAGAAUAUUAACAUGAUAUUGUUUUUAAAAGAUUUUCUUAUUGUAAUUGUGAUGCAUAUCCUAUUAGAGCCCACUGCUAAAUAUUAUGAGCUAAAAGCACUGCAGUUUAUCAUUUCACAGCAUAUAGGCCUAUAGCAAACUGAAGAUACUGCUUUGGAGCACACUAACUUGUUAAUGUACUGUAUAUGUUGUGUUGAGGUACUUGUGGCAACAAAACAGGUAUUUGUUAGUUAAUGUAGUGUAAAAUCGCUCACAACUCACAUAUUCACAAACAAUUUUGUGGUCAAAUACAGCAUGCUUUCACAGGACCUAAGCUGAACUGCCUUAAAUUACUAGCUCCUUUAAACCAUGACAUGAUCCAGACUAUGCAAGCUUUUCAAACACUGAUUUCAAUGUUAUUAUUACUGGUGUUUUGGCACUGUUUGAACAUUUCUGUAAUCAAAAUGAGCUUUUGUAUAUUCAGGAUUUAACUGACUGAAGUGCCAACUCUGCUGUAUUCUCACAUUUUUUACCGUUGUCAACGGAUACCUUCAAACCAAAGUUUUGAAAAUGAUUAAGCCUUUAUCUGCCACCGUGGUCAAUGUCAGUUUUUUUUCCUGUCCUCACUGUAUAUUUUAUUUGUGUUAUUUUAUGUUACCAUUUUUUUUUUUAGCAGAAAUGAAGUUGGAUGUAUGUAUGUAUUUAUCAUAAUAAUAUGACCCAACAUUAAACUUUCAUAAUACAAGGCUCAUUCUCAAUCACAUGUUCCAGUCUUUUUAUGUGUAUAAUGUAUGGAACCAAAAUAAAUGUAUUCUUUAAACUA